UGGCUGGAGCCCGGGCAGAGCGUGGGGAGCACCCAAGUGGGGCCAGAGGGACAUUGUGUUCAGCAGAGAGGAGCCGGCAGAGGUAGGAGGGGAGGGGUGGCUCUGCCUGCUUCUUGAGCAGGCGAGAAGGAACAUGGCGCUGCUCCGGGGGCUCCUGGUACUCAGCUUGUCCUGCCUGCAAGGCCCCUACUUGGUGUUCUCUCCAGCCAGUGCCAUGGAACGCUGGGGCCAGCAGACGAUGAUUGGGCAGACCCAGGAGAAGCUGUCCCUACUUAGCUUCCUCAAGUUGGGCAACCAGGAGUCUGGUGGCCAAAGCGCCCUGCAGAAGGCCACAGGAGACUGCAGCAAGGCCCCAACUCCGGAGCAGACCCGCAGGCUGGCCCAGGCCCUGAUGGCCUUCACCACAGAUCUCUUCUCCCUGGUGGCCCAAAGGUCUACCAGCCCCAAUCUCAUCCUGUCGCCUCUGAGUGUGGCCCUGGCACUGUCUCACCUGGCACUAGGUGCUCAGAACCAAACGCUGCAGAGGUUGCAGCAGGCGCUGCAUGCAGACUCGGGGCCCUGCCUCCCCCACCUGCUGAGCCACCUCUGCCAAGACCUGGACCCUGGGGCAUUCCGAUUGGCUGCCAGAAUGUACCUGCAGAAAGGAUUUCCCAUCAAAGAGGACUUCCUGAAACAAUCAGAACAGCUCUUUGGUGCAAAGCCCAUGAACCUGAUGGGAAGCAAGGGGGAUGACCUGGCAAACAUCAACCAAUGGGUGAAGGCGGCCACGGAGGGGAAGAUUGAGGAUUUUCUCUCAGAGCUGUCAGAUGACACAGUGCUGCUUCUCCUCAAUGCCAUCCACUUCCAGGGUUUCUGGAGAAGCAAGUUUGACCCGAGACUCACCCGGACACAAACUUUCCACCUGGAUGAGCAAUUCACGGUGCCAGUGGACAUGAUGCAAGCCCGCUCGUACCCUCUGCGCUGGUUCUCACUGGAACAGUCUGAGAUACAGGUGGCUCAUUUCCCCUUUAAGAACAACAUGAGCUUCGUGGUCAUUGUGCCCACCUACUUUGGGUGGAAUGUGUCCCAGGUGCUGGCCAACCUGAGCUGGGACAUCCUGCACCAGCCCUUGCUGCGGGAGAGGCCCACCAAGGUCCAGCUGCCUAAGCUGCGUCUGAAAUAUCAGCUGGACCUGGUGGCCACCCUCAGCCAGUUGGGUCUGCAGGAGCUGUUUCAGGCCCCAGACCUACGUGGGAUCUCUGACCAGAGCUUGGUGGUAUCCAGCGUACAGCAUAAGUCCACUCUGGAACUCAGUGAGGCCGGCGUGGAGGCGGCCGCGGCAACCAGCUUGGCCAUGUCCCGAAUGUCCCUCUCCUCCUUCAGCGUGAACCGCCCCUUCCUGUUCUUCAUCCUUGAGGACACCACGAGCCUGCCCCUCUUUGUGGGCAGUGUGAGGAACCCCAACCCUGGAGCGCAGCGGGAGUACAAGGAGCAGCAGGAUUCCCCUGACAGCAGGGACUCCUUCCAGAACCUGAAAGCCUUCCCCCGCGGAGACAAGCCCUUUGGCCCUGACUUGAAACUGGCACCCCCCUCGGAGGAGGAUUACCCCCAGUUUAGCAGCCCCAAGUGAGGAGCUGUGGGCUCCAGCAUCCCGAGUCCCUGCCUCAACUCAUGUGACUCUUUCUAAACAGCUGUGUGGAUUAGGGGUGGGGGCUGGGUGGGUAGUCUGGGAGAGGAGAGGAGCCAUUCUCUCCGUCUCCUCUUGGGGCGUCUGCGGUCAGGCUGGGGCGGGGAGGAGGGGCAGCUGUGCACCUAUUUUUGUCAGGAAGGGAGGUGGGUUAUUCCUUAAGUCUGCUGGGGUGCCUCCACGUUUGUCCCCAGAGAGGGGGGACAGGAAGGAUUGGAUACCCCGGUUGGGGGAAUGGCCCUAGGGCAGAGCACUGUCCCGGGAUUAGACGCUGUGGGGCAGCCUUGUCCUGCUCUGUGGGUGGAGGUCGCGUGUCCCAUGUGAAUGGCUCUGCCAUCACCUGUCCAAGGUCCACCAGCCUCCAGCCCACACCCAAGCCCGGUCACUUCCAUCUCUGCGCUGGUCCUUAGAGAUAUGGACACUGCCAGGACUCCCUUUUCUUCCUCUCGCCUCUUCCUCCUCUGCCGGGGGUCUCAGGGGCUGAGAGGAGUGGCAUUAAUUCCUGAAGGUUCUUUUGUAACGUUUUUGUAGUGAUUUUUAUGCCUCCUGAAUAAAGAAUGAAUGGGCU